UUUUCUAUCGUCCAGUGAUAUGUGCACGUUUCACUCCUGCUCUGCUCCUGCUGCCGCUUUCUCCUCGUCCUCCUCCUCCUCUCUCUGCGCUUCCAAAACCCUAACCCUAACCUCCAUCGCCCCAUCCGCAGUCUCUCGUCGCGAUUCUGGUCUCCUCUGGGUAGUCCUCUAGCGAGAUCAGUAAAUUUGUUCGUCGAUCUGGGCCGGCGUCGGCAUUGGCGGUGGAUUCGCUCGGGGAUAAUGGUCGGUAGUGAUUUUGGGAAAGCAUCAGCAAGAGAUCUUUAAAUAAUAAGUCUCCUACUGGAAUGAAGGCAACCUUUGUUUCUUAUUUUACUACUACAUUUCCAUUUGAUGGUCCUUUAAUAGAUGGGAUAGUCAUUUGAUGUCUAGUGCCAUUGGAGCAGAUUCUCCGAUUCAAUUUAGUCAUUACUUAUCAAUGGACUCAACUAGUGGCAUUUCCGAGAUUGUCGAAGGAGAUGAUAUGCCAAAUUUGGAAAAUUACUUUGGCGGAUCAAAGACAUUACGAGUUAAAAUCAAACCAAAUCUGCAAGAUGGUAAGCAUGUGGAUGUCAGUUACAAUGCUGAUAAGCUAUUGGGGGCAAUUGAUCACAGGACUUCAUCCGGGGUUCUUGGUCCUCCGAGUCAUCCAGCUGUUGGUCUGGUGCGGAAGAAUGCUAUGAAGAAACCAGUCAAGGUUGGAGAAUCUAGACCAUCAGGCAUAGGCAUAGGCAUAUCUGAAUCUGUCACUUUAAAACAAGCUUUGAGAAAGCUAUGCAUUACCCAGGCAUCAGAGAUGGCUGCUAUGAAGAGAAUGUCAAAACCAAUUUGCUUAUCAAGGACUUCUGAGGUCGGGACUAUUAAAAGGCUUUAUGCAUCUGUGGUGGUUCAAUCAAGUGACUCCAUUCUUUCUCUAAAUGGAGAUAAGAGAAAUUUAGUUGAGAUAUCCAUCAUGCCUGAGAAAGUCACAUCAGAUUUCUUAAAAAAGAGAACUGUGUUUGAUCAACGUCAAAAUGCAGAAUCGUCUACUCAGAGCACUGUUUCUUCUCCUCUCUCUGCUGUGCCUACACCCAAGUUAACUAAGAUCAGAAUCCAGGACAUCAUUAAACCCACAUCAGAAGAGUCAUGUAAUAGUCAAUCAGCUACAGCUAAGAUGGAAAAGAAAGGGAAAUCAUUUUCAAAAGCAACUGUAUCUUGCUCAAAAACAGUUGCUGCUUCAAGCGAGACUGGUGUAAACGCACAUUUAAACAAGCCAGUACAUAGGAACAAGGAUGUUAGAAAUAAAGGAAAGUCUGAAUCAGCAUCAGUACCAAAUGCAUCCAUCAAACAUAGUGGUGUUAAGAAAAGUGGUGCAACUCUAUCUGCUGCCAAGCCAUCCCGUUCUAAGGAGCUUACUACACCUUCAUGUAUUACGCCUACUACCAAAUCUUGUCAUCCAAAGGAACAUGUUACUUCUCCAUGCGGCAUACCUAUCACCAAUUCAUUUUCUAAAGAACCUGUCACUCCUGCAUCUUGCACUAUGAAACAUGCAUUUACAGUUAGUGCAGAAAGCAAAAAGCUUUCUAUCUCAAAUAUCCAUGGCGCCAGCAGGGCCAUCAGUGCAAAAUCAAGUGAAUUCUCUAGAUCUAGAGAAAAGGGAGAAUGUUCUCACAGUUCAAAAAGCAGCAUUGGGGAUUAUAGUAGCAAUACCAGCAUGAGUGAGGAGAGUCAUCUGAGCACUGCUAGUGGGAAAGGAUGUAGGCCUCAUAUGUCAAAGGAUGCAAGAUGGAUAGCAAUCCGGCACAACUUAAUCCAACAAGGAAGUUUAGGUUUAAAGAAUUUUAAGCUUCUCAAAAGACUUGGUUGUGGAGAUAUAGGAACGGUUUAUCUUGUGGAGUUAGUUGAUUCGGAAUGUUUGUUCGCAUUGAAGGUCAUGGAUAUUGAAUUUCUGGUCAGUAGGAAAAAGAUGCUGAGAGCACAAACCGAAAGAGAGAUAUUGCAAAUGCUAGAUCAUCCCUUCCUUCCAACCCUCUAUGCUCAUUUUACAACAGAUAAUCUUUCAUGUCUAGUCAUGGAGUAUUGCCCAGGUGGUGAUCUACAUGUCCUUCGACAGACGCAACCUGGAAGGAGUUUUUGUGAGCCAGCUGCUAGGUUUUAUGCUGCAGAAGUCCUCCUUGCAUUGGAGUACCUACAUAUGCAGGGUGUUAUAUACCGGGACCUCAAACCGGAGAACAUUUUGGUUCGUGAAGAUGGCCAUAUAAUGCUCUCUGAUUUUGACUUGUCUCUCAGAUGCUCAGUAAGCCCAACCCUUCUCAGAUCAUCAUCAUUAGGCACACAAGAGUCAUCCAAGAAACACUUGGGACCUUGUGCUGAAAAUAGCUGCAUUGACCCACUUUGUCUUCAACCAUCGUGGGUUCCAGUUUCUUGUUUCACACCACGUUUGGUUUCUUCUUCGGAAGGUAAAGCAAGGAAGCAAAAAAUUGAAGUCAAUGGGCAGGUCAUUCCACUUCCCCAGCUUGUGGUGGAGCCCACUGAUGCACGCUCCAACUCCUUUGUGGGGACCCAUGAAUACUUGGCUCCUGAGAUCAUUAGAGGGGAUGGACAUGGAAGUGCUGUGGAUUGGUGGACCUAUGGGAUCCUAUUAUAUGAACUUAUUUUUGGUAGAACACCCUUCAAGGGAUCUGGAAAUGAUGAAACGUUGAUGAAUGUGAUUUCUCAGAGCUUGAAAUUUCCUGAGAACCCGUGUGUCAGCUCUCCCGCUAGGGAUCUGAUCAGGGGGCUUCUAGUGAAAGAGCCAGAACAUAGAUUGGGAGCAGUCAGAGGUGCUGCUGAGAUUAAGCAGCAGCCCUUCUUUGAGGGAUUAAAUUGGGCCCUAAUACGAUGUGCUGCGCCUCCUGAGACACCAAUAAAUCAUGACAUUGGCACCCCUAUGGUGUCUCGCAAGAAAAAAGAAGGUAAAUGUCUUGAUUUUAGGACAAAUGUUAAGGAUGUGGAAUUUGAGCUCUUUUAGCGAUCUGUACUCUAUGAGAGACCGUAAUGGUCUUGGUCUUUGUUGUCCCUUAUAUCCUACUUGUUGUGACCAUAUAUUAUUUGUAAAUGUAGGCUUAAAUUUCCGUGCCUUGUUAAUAACAUGAAUAUGAUUCAGAAUAAAUAACCUCUUGUAUCUUCUCUCGGCAUUUCCAAUUGU